CUGAAAGCGCUUUCCCGCCACACGACGCUUUCCACGCAUUUCCCAGCGCGGUUCGUUCGCAAACUCGCCGUUUUUCCAAUGAAAACAGCAGAGAAAAGCGCGUAUACUCCAAAAAAUUGGUUAAUUUGAAUCAAAAUAGUUCUAGUGACCGAAAAAAUUGACUUAAUAAAGUAAAAUCUUUGCAUUUUCUGUCAUAUUAAAGAUAAAAAAAACUCACAGUAAAUAUUUGAACAAACUUAAGUGUCGAAUGUAGUAACUGUUUUUUGUUCUGUUGUGGGCAGUUUGAGAGAAAAAUUGUUAUUUGAUUACUUUUUACAACUUUUUGGUAUAAAGUUUUGCAGACUAAAAUGGGCAACAAUUCGGAUAAGCAAAAUGAAAUUAGGGGAUGUGGAAAAAACAUAAGCGUUAUACCAGGUGGAUGCCCAGAAAUAUUCGACGGCGUUCUGUGUUGGCCUGAAACCCCUCCUGGAACUACGGCCAACUCGUCUUGCCCGCCAAUCGGCUUCAUGAAUGUCUCGCAGUUCGCUUACAAGGAGUGCUGGGAAAAUGGCAGCUGGUAUAUCAACGAACAGAACAAUAAAUGGACGAAUUACACGCAGUGUGUUGACAUGGAGUCAUUGGUAUUCUUUGAUCACAUCAACAACUUGUACGUUAUAGGCUAUUCCGUAUCGCUGGUGGCAUUGGUAAUAUCACUCUGGAUAUUCCUGUCUUACAGAACUUUGAAAUGUAUACGCAUCAGGAUCCACAUCCAACUGUUUAUCACCUUCAUUCUAAACAACAUAAUGUGGAUCGUUUGGUACCAAAUAGUCAUUAAAGAUGUAAAAUUAACAUUCAUGAAUCCGUUCUGGUGUCAAGCUCUCCAUAUCGUCAAAGAGUACUCCAUGGUGGCAAACUACAUGUGGAUGUUCUGUGAAGCCUUGCAUCUCCAUUUAGCUCUGGUGGUUGUCUUCGUGAGGGAGGAGAUAACCAUUAAAUGGUUCCACGCCAUAGGUUGGGGCUUGACUUUUAUCAUAGUGCUGAUACACAGUAUGGUUAGAGUGUACGUGACAAGAGACACCCACAGUUGUUGGUUGAACGAGAGUACGUUUGCCACAUGGUUUCUUACCGUACCCAUUGUGAUAACUCUGGCUCUAUCAAUGCUGUUUCUAAUCAACAUUCUGCGAGUUAUUCUGACGAUAAUGCACCCCAACUCACCGAACCCUGCACCCAUCGGUAUCAAGCGAGCCUUAAGGGCAGCCCUUAUUUUGACCCCUUUAUUUGGACUGCAGUUCAUCUUGUUACCGGUGGUGCCAGAUAAGGACAAUCCCUUGUACUACACCUACGUGUACACUGGAGUAGUCAUCAUACCAUAUCAGGGUUUGUGCUGUGCCGUUCUCUUCUGCUUCGCCAACCACGACGUUCAUCAAGCUAUCAAGAGGAGUUUCCAAAGGAACUUAUCCAGACAGAGCACCAGAUGGAGCAACUAUCACACCGCCGACAGUGCUGCCGGUGUUUUCAUGGUCAACGGAAAUGGACAGAACGGCAACACCGUUCCUUUGCUCUCUCUUCAUCGCAAGUCGACAACGCAAAUGUCAGUCAAAUCUGUCAGGGUUUAAAUAUUUAUUUUCAUGGAUAUCUUUGACAGACUAUACGAAGAAAGAUUUAUAUUAUACCAUAUAAGGUAUUUGAUAUAAAUUAUUCAUAAUUUUAUUGUAUUUCUUCAUGGUAA